GAGAGAGUGUAAGAUAAGGAUUUUGUUGUGUUAAAUAGUGAAUGGUGUGUUCAUGUGUUAGCUGCUGCUGCCGCUUGGGGCGCUGCAGUGGAUUCAUCAUCAUCAUCAUCAUGGUGCCACAGAAAAGGUAAAAGGUCGGUUCGUGUAACGUGUCAGCAGGCUGUCACCAUACCGGUGUUGAGUGUUUGCCCGGUGUCGUCGAUUCACACAUUGGGACAUCGUAUACUUAUCUAAAUAGUACUUUAGAAUGGCCAAGAAGCGGAGAGAAAUGUCAGAAAUGGACGGUUUGUCAGCAGCACCGACGGACGCAAAGUCCAGUAGAGACUCGCAGCUUCUGAAAGAGGCUCAACAAAGUAUAGGAGGCUCAACACGUAUGUCCCUGCUGAUUCUGAUGGCCAUCUUCACCUGCUCUGCCUCAGUCAUGUACCUGGUUUACAGGAAUUUCCCAGAGCUUUCUGAUGAUGAAAUGGAAAAAAUGAAGAUUCCUAAAGACAUGGACGAUGCCAAAGCUUUGGGAACAGUGUUGUCUAAAUACAAAGACACCUACUAUACACAGGUGUUGGUGGCCUACUUUGCAACUUAUAUUUUCCUCCAGACGUUUGCUAUUCCUGGAUCAAUCUUCCUCAGCAUCCUGUCUGGUUAUCUUUACCCUUUCCCCUUGGCUCUCUUUUUAGUUUGCUUGUGUUCUGGCCUCGGUGCUUCCUUCUGCUAUCUGUUGUCAUAUCUGGUGGGCAGACCUGUGGUCUACAAAUACUUGACAGAAAGAGCACAGAAAUGGUCUCAGCAGGUUGACAAACACAGAGACCAUUUAAUCAAUUACAUCAUCUUCCUGAGAAUAACCCCCUUUCUUCCCAACUGGUUCAUCAACAUUACUUCCCCUGUCAUCAACGUACCUUUGGGGGUUUUCUUUGUCGGCACCUUUCUCGGUGUGGCGCCACCCUCCUUUGUAGCUAUCAACGCAGGCACCACACUGUACAAACUGACCACAGCCGGCGAGGCCGUGUCCUGGAACUCCCUGGCUGUGCUCGGUGUGCUCGCCGUGCUGUCAAUCCUGCCCGUCUGCUUCCAGACAAAACUGCGGCAGAAACUUGAGUAGAACUUUUUUUUUUUUAAACCUCUCUGCACCUCAUCCCUCGGCUGGCUCCAACCAUUUUUGCCCCUCGGCUCAGGAACAUGCGGCGGUCACUGUAGCUCCUACACAGCUUCUGGUGUGCUGCUCACGGAGGAGUCUUUGGACGAUGGCGUAACGAGCACUGAUCUCAAAAUGUUUGCUGUGGUGGGUUAUUCCUCAUGUUAUGUAAAAACUACCUGCUGCUUGUGCGAAUUAAUUUUUUAUUUUUUGUUGCAGAUUGAGGCAUGUUGUGUAAAUAAAAACAUACUUUUUUAUUUAAAGCACUGCUCAUUUUAUUAAUCUUUUAGAUAUAUAAAGGUGCUUCCUGUAGGGAUGCUUUAUGUUGCAGAUAACUGUUGCUUUUUAUUGAAAAGCAUUUUUUUGGGUCAAAAUGUGUGAAACAGUGCCAUCAGUCUUAUUUAGGUUGUGAAUGUCUAUGUUCUUAAUUAUUUUUUUUAUUGUUGCAUGUGACCAUUGCUUUCUAUUGGUAGCACCUUUUUAAAUUCUUAACUCCUGAUAUUUAUUUUAACAAAUGUUGAAUUUCUAAUUAUUUGUCUCAUCACAGCAAUAAUUAUCACACUGUUCUCAAAAAAUUUUUGCUCUAAAAAGGAACAUUUUGGACAAACACUGUAUAGUUGUUAGAGGAAAUGUGCCUGGAUCCACUGCCACACAAAGUCCUGUUUGUUUCAUUUCUGUUGACCUCAAAAGCCUGAAGUAAGAUUUACAGUAAAUCUUAAAACUUUAAAA